AUGAUUACAAAAUUCGAACAGUUACCAAAUGAAGUGAUAUUAAUUUGUUUUAAUUAUCUUAAUUUCUAUUGGUUAUGUGAAACAUUCUCUUGUUUAAAUCAACGUGUGAAUAAAUUGAUUUUACAACAAACAAAAAAUUCUAUUGAUCUCGAUUCAAUUCCAGAUGAAAAUAUUUUAACAUUUUGUUUUAAAUUAAAUAAUUUUUUAACGAUAACUAAAAAUUAUCCAUUAUCAAUUAGUUCUAAUAAUGAACAGAGGUUUACUUUAAUAAUAAAAGAUAAUUUAUUUCAAGAUAAAUUUUCGAAAUUAAAAUCUUUAAUCUUAUUUGAUAUCCAUGCUGAACCUAUAUUUAAUGUAAUAUUUGAUCGAAGAACUAAAUUGUAUAAAACAUUACAACGAUUAACUUUACAAGAAAUUAGCGAAUCAGAAGAACACGGUCAUGAUGUAGAACGAUUAUGUAGACAAUUAAUAUCAUCAAAAAUGGAAUCAUUAAAAUAUUUGAAUUUAAACGUAAAACCAUAUUCAUGUGGAUGUGAAUUUGGCAUUCAAUCACGUAGCAAUGAUGUUGAUUUAGAAUCCCAGUACUUAUCAAACCAAGAAAAAUCAUUGAGUAAUUUGGAAACACUUAUUAUUGGAGAUAUUCCUGUUGAAUAUGAUACAUCUACAAGAACAAAAUUAUCAUUUUCGACAUUAACUGAAGAAUUAUUACCUUGUCUACCAAAAUUAAAGAAUUUGAUUAUUAAUUCAAUUCAUUUUGAUCAAAAUAGACACCAUCAACUUUACCUGCUUGAAGAUUUUAAGGGUCAACUACUGUAG